AUGGCCACUAUCGUUAUGAUGGUCAACGCUAAUUAUCCAUAUCCAUAUGGUGAUAGUGGAAUAAGAAGAUAUGCUCGAUAUUUACGUGGUCUAUUUACACCUCGUCAUUAUGGUUCUUAUGGAAAUGGUCCUCAAGGAUAUCAUCAUCAUGUAAGAGCUAAUCCGUAUCAACAUAAUCAUGGUCAUGGACAUGGACAUGGAGAAGCAUCAUCAGCAUCGAUGAUUAUUGCACCACAAAUAAAUCCAGCCUUACAGCAAUCAUCAAUGGCAGCAUUUAUGGCUCCAUUUGUUAAUUCAUUAUUAGCUAAAAAUUUUAUUAAUCAUAAUAAUAAACAUUCAAUUAUGUCUUCAACAUCGGCAAUAAAACGAAAUAUAUCAUCAGAAUCAAGAUCAAAAACAACAUCAUCACCAAAUGUACAUAGAGAUCAUAAUCCAAAAGAAUUGGAUACUAAAUCAAUAACACAUAAAUCAAUCAUAAAUAGUACAAAAAUAAACAAUAAACAAACAUCUAGUCCAAAUAAAUCAACAACAACAACAACGAAAACUGGUUUUAGUGUUUUAGAUAUUCUUGGUAAUCCAUCGACAACAACAUCGACAACGACAUCAACGACAGCAACACCUGGUGAACGACAAUCAUCAAAAAUACUUAAUGUGCAAUCAUCAUCAUCAUCAUCAUCAAUCAUAGAAUCGAAUGGUGGUUUGAACCAUAAUAAUAAUUUUCCAAAUACGAAUACAUCAUCAUCAUUCUAUUAUAAUCCCAGUACUGGUAAUGGUGGAUCAACAACAAAUGAUCAAUACGCAUCAGCAUAUAGCCGUUAUUUUGCUGCUAAUACGAAUCCAGAUACAAAUCCAUUUCUAAAUCCAUCAGCAUUUGGUGCAUAUUCAUCGGCAUUAGGUUCAACAUUACCAAAUCACCUGGGCCAUCAUUUGGAUGGAUCAACAUCAUUGUUUGGCUUACAUUUAUUGGAUGGUAAUCAAAAUGGUAAUACAUUUGUCGAAACAAAUCCAGAUACAGAAUUAGCAGCAUCAUAUAAAAAUUUAGCUGCCAAUUAUAAUCAUGGAAAAUUUACCGUUAACAAUCAUCGUCCAUCAACGGGAUCAUUAUUUUCACCAACAAACACUAAUCGAACAAGCAAUAAUCAAAGUCCAUAUAAUUCUGAAGAAAAUCUAAGCGUUACCGAUAGUACUGAUGAUAUGAUUGAUGAUGAUGAUCUAAUGAGAAAUGGUGAUUCAAAUAAAUCGUCUGAUUAUCAUCAUCAUCAUCAUCAUCAUCAUCAUGGAACAGUGGAUAUUGUUGGUGGUGGUAUUGGACCACAGAAAAAACGUAAACGACGUGUGUUAUUUAGUAAAGCACAAACAUUUGAAUUGGAACGAAGAUUUCGUCAUCAGCGUUAUCUUUCUGCACCGGAACGUGAACAUUUAGCAAAUAUUAUUCAUUUGACACCUACACAAGUGAAAAUCUGGUUCCAGAAUCAUCGUUAUAAAACUAAACGAGCAACACAGGAAAAAACAAUGGAACAUCAUCAUCAUCAACAACAGCAACAAACAUCGUUAGUACAAUCGACAGCUUCUCCACAGCCAUCAUCACAUCAUAUUGGUGGUACAUUAUCAUCAAGGCGUCUAUCACUUUCGGGAUUAAUUCGUGCUGGACAAGCUGAAUCAAAAUCAAUAACAACGGGUGGUAGUGAUCAUCAUCAUCAUCAUCAUCAUCAUCAACAUCAUCAUCAUGGUAAUAAAGAAUUACUUAUGACAAAUGGAUCGAUUGUAACAACGCCACCAACACCAACAACAAAUGCUACAGCAAUGGCAGCUGUAUCAGCAGGUAUACAAUAUGGAUCAUCAUCAACAAUAACAACGCCUACAUCAACAACAUCGGCCAAUAAUAAUAAUAAUAAUAAUGGACAUCAUCCACAACCGCCACCACCACCACCAUCAACAUUUAAUAUGAUGAGUGCUGCUGCAAUGGCUGCUGUUGCUGCUAGUUAUGGUCAUCAUUCACAUCCACAUCAUAAUCAUCAUCAUCAUCCAGGAACAACACCUCCAUCUUCAAAUCAUUUAUCAGCAGCAGCAUCAGCAGCAGCAACAACAACAACACAUCAUCAACAACUAAUGUCACAACAUGCAGCCGCAGCUGCAGCAUGGGGAUCAAGUUUAUUCUGGAACAAUUGAUUGACAGUAUCCAACACCAUCACAAUAUUUGAUUUGAUCGAUCCAAAAAAAAAAAAUGUUUCAAAUUGAUAAUUCAAUGUACAUAUGAACGGAAAAACAAAAAUUUUUUUUUGAAAACAAAAAAAAAACAAUUAGAUCAUUAGACAUUCAUUUGUGUUGUUUCUCUAAUAGGAAAUAUAAUAUAGUUGUCAUCAUUUUUGUUCACUAAAAAAAAAAAAAUUCAUUCAUUCAGAAAAAAAACUGCCCCCGUAUGUCAGAAUUAAUAUUACCGACAUAAAGAAUAAUGAAAUAAAAAAUUUAUUGUUACAUGUUCCAAAA